AUGCUCGGCUUCAGUCGUUUCAAAGUCCCAUCGGCAUUGGCACCUGCCGGGUCGAAGCAGGAGAGGAGCCUUGUGAGGAGGCUCGAUAUGUUCCUCUUGACUUUUGGCUGCUUUGCUCAGAUAACUAAUGAUUUCAGGUCCUUGGAUCAGUCGAAUAUCCAGAACGCCUAUGUCUCGGGCAUGAAAGAGGACUUGCACCUCUGGGGCAAUGAGCUGAACUACUUCACAACCUACUUCAACAUCGCUUACUGCGUCAUGCUCAUCCCCUCUCAGAUCAUCAUCACCUACGUCCGACCCAGCGUUUGGCUGCCCUCCCUCGAAGUUGUCUGGGGCGUCAUCACGGGAUUGUCCGCCAUCACCAAGAAUGCGAAGCAGGUCUACAUUCUCCGUGUCUUCCUGGGGCUGUGUGAGAGCACGGCGUACCCUGGAAUGAUCACGCUGUUCAUGUCGUGGUACACCCCUCUUGAGAUGGCAAAGAGAAUCGGCUUCUAUCACUCGUGUCAAGCAAUUGGGCAGAUUAUCUCUGGCGCGAUGCAGGCAGCUAUCGUCAAGUCGUUGGAAGGACGACACGGCCUGUCAGAACUGACCAAGCAAAAUAGAUGGCUAUUUGUUGUCAACGCAAUCAUCACUGUGGUUCAAGGCGCCGCGGGCUACUUCAUGAUCCCCGAUUACCCCAACAACCCGAACCCCCGCGCAAUCUGGUUCAAGCGAACUCAUGCAGAGCUUGCUAUGCAUCGACUUGAUAGGGAGGGCCGCGUCGACAUAAAGCCAAUCACUUGGGCUGCUGCCAAACGCACGUUUACCAACUGGCUGGUCUAUGUCAUCACCGUCAUGUACAUUGCCAUGGUCGUUGGAACAUUGGGCUACAACUACUUCAACUUGUUCUUGAAAGCUCUGACGAACAGCGACGGAACGCGUAGAUGGUCCACUGAGGAGGUCAACCUCAUCCCGAUCGGUGGUAGUGUCAUCACGGUUCAUGCAGUAUGGAUCUGGGCCUUCUUGUCUGAUAUCCUGAAAACGAGAUGGGCUCUGAUUGUCACUCAAGCCGGCAUUGCCGUUAUUGUGGGAAUCAUCCUGACCAUUUGGACAACAAACCCCACCGGAACACCGGUUUCGUCCGCAUACGCCGGCUACUUUCUGUCUACCCUUUCGCUUGGUACCGCGCCGCUCGUAUGGACGUGGCUUUCUGACCUUGCCCCUCAAGAACCUGAAGAGCGAUCUCUUACCGUUGGUGUCGCCAUCGCGGGUUACUACGCAGUUUCAGCAUGGAGUCAAGUUCUCGUCUGGCCUGCUAAGCAAGCCCCUUACUACAAGCAUGGCUGGCAGUCGUCUAUUGGCCUUUGCAGCUUUGUUAUCAUUGUGGCCGUCACCUUGCGCGUGAUUGAGCUGAAAGUCAUCCUAGUAAGUCUGGUGACACAGAAGCGCUCUCUAGAGCACCUGACUAAUGUAUUUCCCUAG